GAUGAGUCAUGACAAACACACACAUUUAUGUUCACUCCGUCCACGGAGGCUCCAGCUCUCUCCAGUACAAACUUCAGAGAGGUUGUUCAAAUUAUAUUCAUCUUCACGCAGACUUAAUCUCAGGACUUUUUGGGAUCCUCUCGCAACAGCAAUGAUCUUCACAGGGGAACAGGUGGCUUGUCUGUGUGAAGUCCUUCUGCAGAGUGGUCGCGUAGAUUGUCUUGCUGGCUUCCUCCACACUCUUCCUCCUCCCUCCCUCUCGUCUCCUCCUUCCCCCGGGGAGCUGGAGAGCGUGCUGAAGGCAAAAGCCGCAGUGGCCUUUAACCAGGGCCACUUCAUUGACCUCUACGCCCUGCUGGAGGGCUUCCACUUCUCCCCUCGCAGCCAACCGCUCAUGCAGCAGCUCUGGCUCAGAGCCCACUACAUAGAGGCUGAGAGGCAGAGGGGCCGACCCCUGGGAGCUGUGGGGAAGUAUCGCGUAAGGAGAAAGUUUCCUCUACCACGCACCAUCUGGGAUGGAGAGGAGACCAGCUACUGUUUCAAGGAAAAAUCAAGAAGUAUUCUCCGGGAGUGGUACCGCCACACACCUUACCCCUCCACCCGGGAGAAGCGGGAGCUGGCAGCAGCCACCGGCCUGACGACCACACAGGUCAGCAACUGGUUCAAGAACCGCCGGCAGAGGGACCGAACCACGGACGUCACCGGUUUCCAAACAUCUCGCUCUGGAAGAACCUCCGCUGAGGUCGAUCCUUCCUCCGACAAUGACUGUUCUCCUCCAGGCAGCCCACAUCCCCGAUACCACUGGCGCCCACCUCCACCCCUCUGUCACCCUCCACCUCUUCUUCAUUAUUGAAUCUGCCCUGCAAAUGUUAUGUUGUCAUUUAUAUUUAUUGCUUCUGUCCUAGUAAUUGUUUUGUUUUGCUCCUGCUUGAAUGCAAAGUUCAUUUUCUGGUGCCAGACAAACAAAUUCUUUGCAAAACGUGAUAUUGGAACGUGACUAAAACACACACAAAACACCACACAAGUGUCAUGCAUCUGGAUUGAAUUCAAGGUACCAGUUCACAGACAUGCUGUACAGCUCAUCCUUAAAAACAGUGUCCCCACGUGGUAUCAAAACAUUUAUAACAAUCAGCUUCUUCAGCUUGUUAAAAGGGAAGAUAUGGUGCGAUGGUGCUGGUAAAAUAUUCCCACUGAAACAAAUAAAAUCAUUUUUACUUUA